AUGACAAACGAUAACAACACCCCCAAUGUCACAACAACUCCACUCAACGUUGCAGCCACUGAUGCAACUGUGACAACCGCUGGAAACAUCACACCAACCGAUGCAGCAACAACAAGCACUAUCCUCCCUGCGGGAAAUGUUGCUGAUGAAACCACUCGCCGUAGCCUAUUCGGUGCUGAUCUUUAUCAGACGGGUUCAGUAUCUAAGAAGAUGAUGUUCUUCCUGACAACCAUGAAGCUGGACAAGUUCAUCCAGGAGGACAAGCCCCUUAUUCCUUAUGGGAUUGAUGAUGUUCACAGUCUUGCAACUGUUGACAUAUGGGUUCUUUACGACUUCAUCUGCAAAGGUUACAUUUUGGGUCAUCUCAUUGACCCAUUGUACCGUGUCUACUGUGAGAUCCCCACGUUCAAGGGGAAGUGUCACUACUGUCACAAAGCGGGACACAAGACUGCUGAGUGUCGCAGCAAGAUUAGAGAUGAGAAGCAUCAAGCGAAUCUCACUGAGGAGGAUCUCGUUGCAAUGGUGACCGAGAUCAACGUGGUUGAAGGCAGCAACCCCAAGGAAUGGUGGUAUGACACUGGUGCAACCACCCACAUUUGCACCAAUAGGGCCACUUAUCAGAAAAGCAAGACUCAGGAGAAGCUGUUCAUGGGAAACACUGCAGUCUCCAAGAUUGAAGGCCGCGGCAAUGUGGUUUUGAAGAUGACAUCAGGACGUGAAGUCACUCUGACGAAUGUGAAGUAUGUGCCUGACAUGAGGAAGAACUUGGUCUCGGGAACCUUUCUCAGCAAGAAUAGAUUCGCCACAAGUCUUGAGGCUGACAAGCUCGUGAUUAAGAAGAAUGGGAUGUAUUUGGGAAAGGGGUAUGCUAAGGAUGGACUUGUCAAGAUAAAUAGAGGAGGAGACGGGUGUUACAAAAUAUUGAAGGCUUUCUUCAGCAUCUUUAGCGCUGCAACUCUCUGCUUCUUUGGACCUCCCUCGUCGCUGAUAAAAGAUUUUAGAUCAACCCCGGAAGACUUCACGAGGCUGCCGUCGUGGAUCCCCUUCCAAUCAAACAUUGCAUUUCGCUACCACGAAAUCACUUGGUACGGUGAGAAGAUAGAGGAAGAUCCAACUGGUGUCUCUGAUUCUAUCAGGUUCGCCUACUCCAUCUCUCAGUGCGAUGCAGUUUUCGUCCACAGCUCCCCGGAGUUCAAACCCGAGUAUCUUGGUUUGCUACGAGAUUUGUAUGGAAAACCGGUGUUUCCGACUGGGUUUCUGCCUACCAGUACUGAAGACGAAGUUGGAGAUGCAACAUGGGUUGGCAUAAAGAAGUGGCUAGACAAGCAGCGAGUCAGCUCAGUGGUUUACGCAGCACUAGGAACGGAGGCGAGCCAUCGUCCAGCGGAUCAUGGGUUGGAAAAAUCAGAGGUGCCUUUCUUUUGGGUUCUAAGGAACGACUCACAGAUUCCGGAGGGGUUCGUGGAACGAAUCAAGGGACGUGGCAUGGUUCAUAAUGGAUGGGUUCCUCAGGUCAAAAUACUGAGUCACGACUCGGUGGGCGGGUUCUUGACGCACUGUGGCUGGAACUCAUUGGUGGAGGGGCUAGGGGUAGAGAGAGUCCCAAUCUUCUUCCCAGUGUUGAAUGAGCAAGGGCUCAACACGAGGCUGGUGGAGGGAAAGGGAGUCGGUGUUGAGAUCCCAAGAGAUGAGAAAGAAGGAUCUUGUCACGAACAACAUUACAUACAGGAGCAAUUAGACUUAACAUACUUCAUAUGUUUAUGGAAACUAGGUUUGCAGCAAUAUGAAUGGUUGUCUUACUGUCACAUAAAAUCGUGAUGGUUCAUGUUUGA